UUCCAAGCCCGAGCCGUGGAAGGAGGCAGCUCGCAGCUAUAUAAGAAAGGCUCCGACUGCUUCGCACAGUCCUCGCUUUGGCGGAGCUGAGAAAGGGGGCGGCUGUGCCAAGGCAAGGCAAGGCAAGGCAAGGCAAGGCAAAGCAAGCGCGUGGGUGGCGGGUCCGGGGGCGAGGAGGGUCGCAGAGCCAAGCGAGGGAGAGCCCAAUGCACGGACUAGCCUCCUUCGCAACAUGCUGGAGCUACAGAGGCGCUAACAGGAGUUUGCACACAGCUGCUGAGGCGGGAUUGCAGCGCUCUCUUUCCUUAUGAAGACGGCACAAACUUGGAUUAUCACUUGCUUUUAUCUUCAACUGCUCCUGCUUCAUCCUCUUGUCAAGACCCAAAGUCCCUGUGGGAAUCCUGUGACAGAUGAUGUGAAUGACAUUGCAAAACUGGUUGGAAAUCUUCCAAAUGAUUAUAUGAUAGCCCUUAAAUAUGUCCGGAAGAUGGAUACGCUGCCUAAUCAUUGUUGGUUGCAUUUGAUGGUGCCUGAGCUGUCAAAGAGUCUGAGUAAUCUUCUCAACAAAUUUACAGAAUUUUCAGAUAUGCCAGAUGUCUUGAGUAAUUAUUCAAUUAUCAAUAAUCUUCGAAGGAUCAUCAAUGAUCUAAUGGAAUGCCUGUCAUCUACGAAAUAUAAGAAUUUUAGACAACAUCAUGACCACCUUUAUGAAGAAGGUAGAUUUAUUCCAGAAGAAUUCUUUAAGCACUUUAGUAACACCGUUGAAAGUUACAAAAUAUUGGCAAAAACACCAGUACAAAGUGACUGUGUUUUGCCAUCAACGACAGAGACUCCUCCAAAUGAUUCCAGGCUCAGUGUUACAAAGUCAUUUUUGUCAUAUCCUUUUGCUGCCAGCCAUCUAAAGAAUGACAGCAGUAGCAGUCACAACAACGAAGCAGCAUUGGGUUUCCUCAGUAGCCCUGGAAUGCAAGGAUUGAGCAUAGCGCUAACAUCAUUGGUGACUCUUUUUAUUGGCUUUAUUUUGGGUGCUGUAUGCUGGAAGAAAACAGCCCGGAAACAUAUACUAGAAAGUAACCAGACUACACAAGCUAACAUCUGCCAAGAGGAUAAUGAAAUAAGUAUGCUGCAACAAAAAGACAAAGCCCUUCUACAAGUGUAGCUGUUGCUUUUUAAAAAAUAUACACUGUUACUGUUUCACAUCUGGGCAGCUAACAGUUCCAUGUUUGCUUCAUAAAUGAAGCAGCUUUAAGCAUAUUUGUAUUCCUUUUGGAGUGACAGACUGAGUCUGCAUCUGUUGUUGUUGCCCGUGACUCCAUAUUGAGAAUAGAGAGCUGUGGACAAAGAGUGUGCUACUGUGAAAUCAAUGUUGGAUUAAAUAUCAUCAAAGAAGAGUCUGCGCCGAAAGGAACUGGGUUUUUUUUUCAACAUAUGCAGACAAAUGUGUUUUUUUGCAUCUUGAGGUUUGCAGCAGAUUUUGACCAAUGCAGUAAGUGCAUGAACAAAUUGUUAUGAAUUGAUGUGAAUCAAGCCCAAAGUCACAAGGAAAUUUGCAUUUUAUGUGAAUAUGGAGACUGACUAGGAGAGAAAUGGAUGAGAAUAAUCUUCAGCACUGUACAUAAGACUUGCAAAUAAGGUUAUGCAAUGGACUAAUGUGCUUGCUUGUUUUCACCAGUAGAACUGGGACAUAAUUUUGGAAGGUCACAUAGGUAAUAAGACUGGGUAUGAAAUAAGGUGACAUUGAACUCCAUGUCAGAGAAAUGCAGCUUAUACUUCAGGAGAAGGAAACAUUGGAAAACAGGGCAAGUAUUCUAGGAUGGAAUAUUGAUUGCUGGAUGUUGUGACCUUUUAAGAAAAUGGAAAAGGCAGACUCUGGAAUUGCAAAUUAUUAUGAAUCCUAUUUAAAAUGCUUAUAAAUAUCCUCCUUUCUUGAUAUUUACAAAAAUUCAGAUCUUCUUGAAAAUACCAAGGUUUAGUUUAGCUUUUACUGUAUGUCAUUUAUUUCAAAUGAAUUUUAACAGUAAUACACCUGCCAUCACUUAGCAUUCUCCAUCUAUUAUUAUUACGAUUAUUCUUAGAUCAUCUGAAAUAAAAUGGAAAACUCUUUUCUUAAAUAA